AUGCGCCCCCCCGGCCGCCGCGGGGUCCCCGCGGUGCCCCCAGCCCUGCUGCUGCUGCUCCUGCCGCUGCUCGGGGCGCCGCGCGCGGUGGGCGCAGGGGCGGGCGCACCCGCGGAGCUGCGGGUCCGCGUGCGGCUGUCCGACGGCCAAGUGACCGAGGAGAGCCUGCAGGCGGACAGCGACGCGGACAGCAUCAGCCUCGAGCUGCGCAAGCCCGACGGCACCCUCGUCUCCUUUGUGGCGGACUUCAGGAAGGAUGUGAAGAUCUUCCGGGCCCUGAUCCUGGGGGAGCUGGAGAAGGGGCAGAGCCAGUUCCAAGCCCUCUGCUUUGUCACACGGCUGCACCACAAUGAGAUCAUCCCCAGUGAGGCCAUGGCCAAGCUUCGACAGAAAAACCCACGGGCAGUGCGGCAAGCUGAGGAGACACGGGGCCUAGAGCACCUGCACAUGGACAUCGCUGUCAACUUCAGCCAGGGGGGCCUGCUGAGCCCCAACCUCCGCAACGUGUGUGCUGAGGCUGUGGACGCCAUCUACACACGCCAGGAAGACGUCCAGUUCUGGCUGCAGCAAGGAGUGGACAACUCAGUGUUCGAGACUCUGCCCAAGGCCUCGGAGCAGAUGGUGCUGCCUCGCUGCCGGCAGGUGGGGGACCGCGGGAAGCCCUGUGUCUGCCGCUAUGGCCUGAGCCUGGCCUGGUACCCCUGUAUGCUCAAGUACUGUCACAGCCGUGACCGGCCGGCGCCCUACAAAUGCGGCAUCCGCAGUUGCCAGAAGAGCUACAGCUUUGACUUCUACGUGCCCCAGAGGCAGCUGUGUCUCUGGGAUGAGGACCCCUAGCUGGUGGAGUGAGGGGGUGGGUUCUGAGGUGACUUCCCUGGGCCCACUGCCCCUCCCCGGCCACUGCACAGGGUGACAACCCCCAAUGAGGCCUUAUGUCCCUUCCCUUCUCCUAAUCCCGGAGCCUCUGGCCCCAUCACUCAUGACUGUGAAAAGGGGUGUGGCAUGGCAGGGGUUAAGUCUUGAAGACACCCCCCCACUCCCACCCUGUGCCUUCUUUGGGGUACAGAGGGAGAAGAUUCCCCAAACUUGUACCCUUCUCCUGCUUCAACUCCCCUGAAGUAUUUUUCAAGCAACCAAAAUGUGAUGGCCUGUGAUACUUCUAUUUAACGCUUGGGCAGUCUAGACCCUGAAAGGAGUCUGUGCCUGUUACACCGACCUCCCCAUACCUCCUUCCCCUACUGUGGAAGGAGCAAGCCCACCCCACUGCACCUCCCAUGACCCAGCUAGGGGUGGGGGUUGUCUCAGAGAGGGGACUGUUGGGGUCCUAUCCCUGAGCCCCAUCCCUGGGUCACAAAGCUUUCUCCUCACUGCUGGCCUCCAAGGCCACCCCAGAGCAGGUGGGGACCUCCCAGCCCUGAGAUGCCACAGGUGCCUUUCCCCAGACCAGGACUUGCCUCCAGAUCCUGCCCCGGCUUCGCCCGCUCCACACAGAAAUAUUUUUGUAAGGUUCCAUGGCAGAGAGGAGGGAGCAUGAAGUAUAAAGAAAACUUGAAUUCCAGAUUUUUAAUGCAAAGUAUUUAUCAUUUGUACCAGAAAUAAAAGUUUAAGUUUUUACUUGACUGACAGCUGUAGACUUGGCAUUCUGAGAGAAAUUUUGGCCAAUGCUGCCACCUGGUGUCAGAUCCAAGCCCUAUCAAUGCCCAACCUAGAGG